AUGAACAAGAACUUCUUUUUUCUAAUCUGCAACGGCAUUCUCUUCUUCCUCACCAAAACCUCCCCCUUAGCCCGCCCUCCCGAUCUCAACGGCCUUCAAGUAGUGGUAGAGGCAGAAACCUAUCCAGACCAACAUAUAAAGCUGGACGAAGAAGAAGAAGGAGAUGAUGAUGCUGACACGUUUGAAGAAGAGCAAGUGAAAGUAGAUCAUGAAAUCGAGCAUUCGAGUGAAGGGGCGCUCCAAGUCUCGAUCAACAUAGCAGGGAGUGAAGAUGAAGAAAUUGAGCUGCAAGAUUGUUUCCUUCUCAAUGAAGUCGAUGAUCGAGGUGAAGAGGUGAUUAUUGGCAAUGGAGGGGAGGAAGUUGAUGAAAUAGAGAAGCUGAGUGACGAUGAAUUGAACCAGAAAUUUGAAGAUUUCAUAAGGAGGAUGAAAGAGGAGUUUAUAAUUAAUGAUUAUCAACACAAACAGUUAAUCUUGGUCAAGUAA